AUCCAUAUCAAAGGGGAACUACAUUGCAAUUAAAUAAUUUUACCAAUUUUUGCUUCAUCAAUCAAAGUAAAGUUAACUUUUUCCUUUCCAACGCCCACUUAGAUAUAAUGAAAAGAGAAAAGGAACUUUGUCCCUAUAUUCUCCCCCAAUCGAGUAACCUAGCCUUCUUUCCUCCAGCUGACAGAACAAUUUGGGUCACUCAGUAAAUGUUACAAAAAUAUAUUCCCCUCGAUGUGGGUUCCUGUCCGUGGUGAGGGGACCUCCCAGAGAUGGUUUAGUAACUCUUCUUUACCAUACCUGGGAUCUGAACGCCCACCCACCUGUUUGCCAUGCGUGGUGUCCCGUAUGCCGGAAAAGGGGAUCCUGGUAGUUGAGGGGCAACAUAACGUCCCCAACACACUGCUUUGGCCCCUGCUUCGGAUAAACGGGAGGCUCAAAUCAGGCUCCGUUUGAGUCAGUCGGCUGGUCAUUGAGUCAUUCUUGACCUCGGCUUGGAGUCAACCGAUUGAUGCAGACCGGGCGGACACGUCAGACAAGAUGUGCUCUUCUUGACUGCAUUGUGAGGGUAUAGCUCCUGGGAAACCCUGGUGUGACGGUCUAUGGGAAUUUCCCAUGUGACCGCAUCCCCUUGAUGGGCCCCAUGGUGGGUGGGGUCACCAGGAGCUGAACUGUUAUUAUUAAAUAUGGAUUCACUAAAACAUAAAACAUGUGCUGAUGCAUUACCACCAAGGGAUGCUAUUUCUUUCAAUCAACCAGCAUAUCUUAUUGUUCAUGCUACGGGAGAAACACCUCUAUCUAAACGUUUUCCUUUUUUGAUUCAAAAAUUGUUUGAAUCGACCAUUGGGAAUCUUAAAAAAAUUCAAAAACUGAAAUCAGGAGAUCUACUUGUAGAAGCAGCCUCCCCUCAACAGUCAGCAAAGCUUCUCAAAAUGAAAUCUCUAGGAGAAAUAAUGGUAACCAUCACACCACACACAAAUUUGAACUCGUCACGUGGUGUGAUAUCUGAAACCGAUCUGAUGUCUGAGGAUGAAUCAGAUAUUCAGAUUGGUCUCUCAGACCAAGGUGUCACUGCUGUUCUAAGAAUUUCAAUUCGUUGUGAUGGCAAGUUGAUACCAACAAGACACCUUAUAUUGACUUUCAACAAACCAACAUUGCCAUCUACUGUUGCGGCAGGAUAUCUCUGUUGUCAUGUUCGCCCAUACAUUCCAAAUCCGCUGCGUUGCUUUAAAUGCCAGCGGUUUGGACACUCACAAACAUCCUGCCAUGGGAAAAGUGCAUGUGCCCAGUGUGAAAAAGAUCAUGAGAGUACUGAAUGUACAACUACUCCAUGCUGCGUCAACUGCAAAGAAGCUCACCCUGCCUACUCUCGAAAAUGUCCUACAUGGCAAAGAGAAAAAGUGAUACAGCGGGUGAAGACUAUAAAUAAUAUACCUUACCCGGAGGCACGUUGUAUGGUCACUUUAAGUGCAUCAGUGAGACAGAAGACAUUUGCUGCUGUUCAUAAAUCCACAAACACAUGUGGAGUUCAGACAGACAUUUCUGUUUCACCAAAUGAAUCGCUAACAUGCCAUGCAAAAUGUUUGUAUCAACAAACAUUUUGCAUGGUAGAUGCAAAAUGUUUGUUGAUACAAACAUUUUGCAUCUACCCAAACAGCAGAAAAGGAGAACAAGAAAAGCAAAACACCCCUACCUAAAACAGGGUCAUAACAAGAAACGUGGGUUCUAA